AUGGACAAGAUGGGGAUAGCACCGCUCUACGUUGCCGUGCUGAUCGUAGGAGCGGUCAGCAUUGCACCAGCGAUCGCUGACGAAGCCGCCGCUGAUAAAGUGCCAACGGAUCAGCUAGCUUUGGUUAACUUUGGUGCACCUGGUGGGCUGCUUAACCACGUGGCGACAUCGACGCAAAUUCUGAGUGGCACCGGUGACAAGCUAGACUUUACCGGAGAUCACUUCUUUGGCCGGGACCAGGAAAAGCAUGAAUUCAAUCGGCAGGCACACGUUAACCUGGAACACGUUCGCCAUCAGGAUCCGCAUCUGCGCCGUUUCUUAGGGAAAUCGAUCGUCAAAAGGCAAGGACCCUAUCCACCGCGUGUCGAUCCUCCGACGCACUAUGGGCCACCGCCGACCACAACCACCACCACGGAGCCACCGACAACGACGACGACAACAACGACAACAACAACGCCUUCACUGUACGCUGUCGAUCAGGUUGUCGGAACGUUUGGAGCGAGCAGUUCCGUGAUUUCGGAUGCAUCCGAUGGAACCACUGGUACCGGUGGUUGUUCGGAUUGCACUUUCUCAGUGUUACCACCGCUGCCAGCCCUUGUCUAUCCUUCGCUGCCACCACCAGUCCCUCUACCAACACCACAUGAAUCAGAAGUUCAAUCCGUCGAUCAAGUUGCCGGUGGAUUCCUGUCUCAGAACCUUUACCAGCAGCUGUACCACAAGUACCAGAAGAGAACUCUUGGGCCGAACGUGGCCCUGAACCAACGAACGAAGGUGGACCUUCAAUCCCCGUGUGGUGCAACGAUCCUCUCCGUUCCAGAUCAUCACCUCUCGGAGGAACCAGUGGAAACCGGGCUCGUUGUGGACGAUCGAUCCGGUCCGGUCAUUCGUAACUCCGGCACCGACUGUGCUCCGGCUCCGGUUGUUGAUUUGCGGUUAGAGCGACCCCAUCAACCGACGGCACCCGUACUGUCCACCCAAUCGCAGGUCUUUCUUGUCCAGGGCAAGGAACCGUAUCCGGUGCUGAGGGCGAAACAGGGGCGACGCAGCCAGACGAACGUUAGACGGGGCUCGUACAAGUUCAUCCACACGGCCAAGCAACGUGAUGGUUCGUGGCAGCAGGGCGAAGAUUCGGUUAUUGUACCAUCGAGUGAGCAGACCGGUGAGAUCAACCAGAUUGUCGUCUGUACGGUCGAUUGUUACGCGGUGGAGGAGAAGAUACAGCCACCGCCACAGCCGCCAGUGGAAAUUCCAAGCGAUGGACGCUUGUGGUAA